CGAUUUCGGAUCCAACAUAAAACACAAAAGAAGCCGUCUCUGGCUCGACCUCUUCUUGCUUAUAGCUAAAUUUAUUACCUCUUCGUGAGCUUCUAACACAGUAGUGAACGGAAAGAGAGAAUUGAUUCCAAAUAUCUAAAUCCAAUAGAAUCAGAAUCAAAAGAAGAGGAAGAAGAAGAAGAUGGAGAAAGGUAAAGGAGUGAUGGGUUCGGGCCGUAGAUGGGCUAUAGACUUCACUGACAAUUCUAACCUUCCUUCUUCUCGUGACGUCCCUGAUCCUCCUGGGUUCUCUCGUGCCUCUCAAGAUCAGGACGAUUCGACUGUAACAAAGCAGAAAAAAGAUGCUGAAGCUAAUUGGAAAGCUCAGAAAGCUUGGGAGGUGGCACAAGCCCCUUUCAAGAAUUUGAUGAUGAUGGGAUUCAUGAUGUGGAUGGCUGGAAACACAGUGCAUCUGUUUAGCAUUGGUAUAACGUUUUCAGCUCUUUGGCAGCCCAUCAGCGCUCUUCAAGGGGUUGGGAAAGUUUUUGAACCGUACAAAGACAGCAGAGUAGAUCUUAACGGGCCUAAGUUGCUCUUUAUUGCCCUCAAUUUGGGGGGUUUAGCACUGGGUAUUUGGAAGCUUAACUCAUUGGGGCUUCUUCCAACACAUGCAUCAGAUUGGGUGUCAUCCUUGCCUCCUGCUCAGGAGGUUGAAUUUUCAGGCGGUGGCAUUCCCCUGCAUUAAUUAGUUCUACAGAGUAGACGGCCGUCAAUUUGAUGGAUGCACUCGAGCUCGUAGAGGAUAACACUAUUCUUGGUUUAUAAGCCAUGGGCUGCCGUCAUGGAAAAUAUACGGCAUGGAGAGAAUUAUUUGUGUAGGACACCCUUUAGCAGGCUUUGAUUUGUUCUACUGCAUAUAAUGUAGUUGACUAUCAAUGAAUGCCAUACUCAUUAUUUCUUUGCUUUAGUUCCCCAUUUCCUUUUUAAUGUACAACUAAUGAACAACCAUGUUCAAGAUUCCAGCCUUUUGUGCGAGUUCUCUCUCAGAUGAUGUUGAGAUAUCAUAAGUGGUUGUUAAUGGAGUUGAAGUUACCAAA